ACCACUAAAAAUUCUCUAAUCAGAUAGGAAUAAUAUCUCCCAACAGCCCCUACACCUUUUCCCAAAAGCCAAGGACUCACAAGGGCAAAUUCGUCCCAUCAAAUUUCAACUCCUUUUCUCGCCACCUUCACUCCCUCUUUACGCCUUCCCUCCACCACCGUCCACCGCCCUCGCCCUCGCCGGCGGACCACCAUUUCUCCCUCCAACAACAACAAAAAAAUACGAAAAACAAAAACACAUCACCAAUCAUGCCGACUCCGCCGCCGCCGAGGGCAACAACUCCAAGCCAAAACACGCCGCUUCUCCGCGGCCCGGCCCCGGCCCGGCCCGCCAGAGUGAAACUCCGGACCCUGCUCCGCGUGGCGUCGGUCUCGUGCGGAAUUCAGUUCGGGUGGGCGCUGCAGCUGUCGCUGUUGACGCCCUACGUGCAGGAGCUGGGGAUUCCGCACGCCUGGGCGAGCAUCAUCUGGCUCUGCGGCCCGAUCUCCGGCCUCUUCGUGCAGCCGCUCGUCGGCCAGCUCAGCGACCGCUGCGCCAGCCGCUUCGGCCGCCGCCGCCCCUUCAUCGUCGCCGGCGCCGUCUCCAUCGUCUUCUCCGUCCUCGUCAUCGGCUUCGCCGCCGACAUCGGCUGGUGGCUCGGCGAUCGCGCCGAUACCGGAGAGAUCAAAAUUAGGGCGGUGGCGGCGUUCGUCGUCGGUUUCUGGAUUCUCGACGUCGCUAAUAAUAUGACGCAGGGCCCCUGCCGCGCUCUCCUCGCUGACCUAACCGGAAAGGAUCACAGGAGAACUCGAGUAGCAAAUGCGUAUUUCUCCCUAUUUAUGGCUAUUGGCAAUAUACUUGGAUAUGCAGCUGGUUCCUUCAGUGGCUGGUUCAAGAUAUUCCCUUUUACACUCACUUCAGCUUGCAACGUCAGCUGUGCUAAUCUGAAGGCAGCAUUCAUUAUUGAUGUUAUAUUUAUUGUAGUAACUACAUGCAUAAGCCUGACAGCUGCUCAAGAACAGCCCUUAACGUCUCUCAAUGGUUCUGCCCAAGAAGGUUCUCACGAGCGUGAAGCUUUACUCUGGGAACUCUUUGGAACAUUUAGAUAUCUACCUGGUACGGUUUGGGUCAUCCUUCUUGUUACUGCUCUAACCUGGAUCGGGUGGUUUCCAUUUAUUCUUUUCGAUACGGAUUGGAUGGGACGUGAGAUAUAUGGUGGGGAGCCUAAUGAUGGGAAGAAUUACGACCAGGGUGUUAGAAUGGGUUCGCUUGGCUUGAUGUUGAACUCAGUGGUCCUUGGGCUCACAUCUGUGUUCAUGGAAAAGCUUUGCCGGAGAUGGGGUGCUGGAUUCACAUGGGGACUUUCGAACGUCCUCAUGGCUCUUACAUUUGUAGCGAUGCUUAUCAUCGGUGCUAUCAGGAGUAAUAUGGAUCUCAACGGUGGUCCUCCUCCAGAUGGUAUUGUGGUAGCUGCCCUACUAGCUUUUACAUUUCUUGGUGCUCCGUUGGCAAUGACAUAUAGUGUUCCAUAUGCAUUGGUAUCUACACGAAUUGAAGCACUAGGCCUUGGUCAAGGGUUAUCCAUGGGUGUUCUGAACAUGGCAAUUGUAAUCCCACAGAUGGUCGUGUCCCUGGGAUCCGGUCCAUGGGAUCAACUCUUUGGUGGCGGCAACGCCCCAGCCAUAGCUGUUGGAGCAAUCGCUGCAUUAACUGGAGGGCUUAUAGCCAUCUUGGCGAUUCCCAGAACAAGAGUUGAAAAACCGAGGAUCCACCUCUAGGGGACCUGUCUUACACUUUGUCUAAGAAUCGGACCAUGGAUUCAAGAAAUAGCUUCUGAAGAAAAUGCCAUUAGGGGUAUGUGUGAAGCUUCUGCCGUAGCGAGCACUGAACACUCUUAUUUGGAUUUACGUUUUCCCACGUUUUGAAUUAAGAAGGCACGAAGGGACACUCUUAUUAGUGAAGUUUUGUUGUCAUGUAACAGAUUGAUAUAUUUAUGUCUGGCGAGACCGGUAUCAGAACAUCAUUGUUCUUAGCCUCGACCGAUGUAAAUAGCAGCAGAGGAACCCGGUGUCGUUGGAGUACAGAACUGAAUGAUGUAAUUGUGAAGAAUAAAUUUCUUCAGUGAUCUCCUUAUGUUCAUGUCUUUGUUGUUGUUGGAGAAGUCGUGUGUGUUUGAUGUUAUUACCAUGGCUGCAAUUGUAGUAAGUGAAUAAUGAGGAAUUUAUUGGAAUAAAAUACUAUGUUUUGUGUGUGGGGUUUAUUGGAA